AUGCCAGGGUUCAACGCGAGGGAUAUAUCUGUUGAUGUAAAGGAUGGUCAGCUCACAAUCAAGGCUCUUCACAACGUGCCCGAUUCCCGUCCGGAAUUGGUUUACACUUUCAUCGAACAGGCUGUACAGCCGGGGGCGCAAGUAGCUCUCAAAUGUUCUGCAGUUGGAGAACCACCUCCGCGUUUCAGGUGGAUCCUGGAUGGGCUACCCAUACCAGCACAUCAUGGGGCGAUGGUAACGGAAGGUCGUGAAACGGGACAAUCAGGUUUGGGGUCCAGCAACUAUAUACUGUCUACCCUUUCACUGAACAGUGCACGUGUGGAACACGGCGGGAGAUAUGAGUGUAGAGCUACCAACACCCACGGAUCAGUCGCUCAUGCUGCGAGACUUAAUGUUUAUGGUCCACCAUAUAUACGGUCAAUCAAUCCCGUGAAAGCUGUCGCUGGUUCAGAUAUCACCAUUUGGUGCCCAUAUUACGGCUUUCCAAUUGACUCGGUGAAAUGGGAGGGCGGUGCUGGCAAUGAUCCCAGAUACCAACAAUCCGAUGGACAACUAACUAUCAGCAACGUCGACCGUACUAGGGACAAGGGUGGCUGGAUCUGUUCUGUUCUAACUCCUGGCGGAGAGCUUGCUAGGAGAGAGGUUCAAAUAAACGUUGUAUCCCCGCCAGUACUCUCCCCUAUAGUAUUUCCUCCUGGACUAAGAUCAGGCGAUCGAGCACAACUUACUUGCACAGUGACAUCAGGAGACAUGCCCGUGUAUUUUUCAUGGCUCAAAGACCAAAUGCCCAUCUCUAGCGUACUUCAGGUAGACGAACGUGGAGCUGAGUUCUAUAGUAUGCUCCUUUUCAAAAGCCUGACCGCGGCUCACAGCGGAAUAUACACCUGCGUCGUUACUAAUACCGCUGGGAAAGCAAACAUGUCCGCUGAACUAGCUAUCAAAGUACCCCCGUAUUGGCAACUGGAACCUUCUGAUACAUCAGUUUUACUGAACGGCUCCCUCACGGUCAGCUGUGAAGCUAGAGGACAUCCUCCACCUCACAUUUACUGGACCAAAUUCACUGGCAGUACAGAAAGUGCAUUGGGCGGAGUGUCGGAUCCCGUAGUACUUGGCAACGGUUCUCUACGACUGGACUCAGCACGUGCAGAACAUUCUGGGAAGUACCGUUGCAAGGCUGAAAAUGGCGUGGCACCCGCUUUAUCUAAAACCCUAACGAUACACGUUAAUGAACCAGCUAGAUUCGAAACACCGUCGGUGAAUGUGACGGCUAAGCUUGGUGAGACUGUGAGACUGGCGUGUGUGGCGAGAGGAGAUAAUCCACUCUCCAUGGCCUGGAGUCAUUCUGGGAGGACCUUACCAAAUUCUGAUUACAGGAUGAGUAUAUCAGAAACCAGAAGCGUUGAGGGUCUACGUAGUGAAUUGGUCAUCGAACGUGCUGAUAGACGGGAUUCUGGAGUAUACCGUUGCCAGGCUACCAAUCCAUAUGGACGAUCUGACCAUUUCGUGCAUUUAGGAGUUCAAGAGCCACCGGAACCUCCGGCCAAUUUCCGGGUGGUGGACGCCACAUCUCGUACCAUCCGACUACAAUGGCGUCGUCCGUUUGACGGGAAUUCCCCUGUUCUGGGGUACGUCGUUCAGUACAGGAGACACGACUCUACCAAUCCCGAUAUGAACCCUUGGAGAGAUGCUGACACUCACAAUGUAUCGGUAUCCGCUCGCAACGCUGACUCCUAUUCCGAAAACGAAGAAGCCACAAUUACGGGACUCGAACCAGCGACAGCAUACUUGGUUCGCGCGCGUACAGUGACAGCACAAUUUUCGUCAGCACAAACGCGAGCCCUUCUGGCUCUAACGCUGCACGAGCCACCAGCUCGUCCACCGCUUGGGCUAAGGGCAUCUGCUCCACGACCGAGUACUAUUGAACUAGCUUGGCAGGCUCCACCCGCAUCGUCGUGGAACGGUGAACUUCUUGGGUACACGGUAUGGUGGUGGCUAUCUGCGGAUGGCACCUUAUCUGGGGGUGCCAGUGUUGGUAUGGAGUUUGCCACUGUUAGAGGGCACGUCACUAAGUAUACUAUAGCUGGUCUGGAACAUUAUACACGGUAUUCAGUAAGCGUAAGGGCUUUUAAUAGCGCGGGUGCAGGUCCCGCGACGCCGCCUGUCAACACUCUGACACAGGAAAGUGUGCCAUCUGAAGGCCCUCGUGCAGUGCGAUGUAGAGCUGUAUCACCUCAAAGCCUCAAGGUAGAGUGGUCUCCUCCACCAGCCCACGCUCAUCAUGGUGCUCUCCUGGGAUACAAGUUGCUGUACCGACCGGAGCACACGACGGGUUGGGUGGAGUGGGAGGCGCGUACCGGGGCUGGUGGAACUCCAGAAUCAGGAGCAGAAGUAAAGAGAGUGGCGGGAGUUGAGACGCUUCUGUUAGCAUUGAGACCGCACAUGAAUUAUACUUUGCAAGUGUUAGCGUAUACUGCUUCAGGGGAUGGUGUACCCGCACAUCCUGUGCAUUGUACCACACAACAAGAUGCACCAGGUCCACCAGCAGCCGUUAAAGUAAUUGCUACAUCAGUAACGUCCUUGGCAGUUAGUUGGUUACCGCCAAGUCGUCCUAAUGGUCCAAUACUUUAUUACACUGUUUUUUAUCGCGAACUUGGCAGGGAUAGACCUCCACAAACUACUACGGUCCAGGCAGAAGAAGGUGAAAUGUCGGUCGGUUUAGGAGGUUAUGCUGAGAUACGUUCGCUAUCUGAAACAGCAACUUACGAAGCUUGGGUCGCGGCACAUUCUGCUGCUGGAGAGGGAGAACAGUCAGCUCCUCAACCUGCCACAACUACGUCUAGAGCAGCAGUCAGGUUAUUAUCCUUCGGAGUGUGGGCUCGGGUACAAUGUGGACAUCCACUUCGACUAGCUUGCGCAUGGCGGGGGGAACCGGCACCACGAGCUCGUUGGCUUAGAGGAGACCGACCAGUCACUCAUGAUCCUAGAACACACCUAACCCCUCAUGGGCAUUUGGCCAUACAUGAAGUUGACUCUUCGACUAUUGGUAACUACACUUGCUCGGCUCGUAACGUGUUCAGUUCUGAGGAAGAGACAUACCGAGUUGAAUGCGCAUCACCACCAUCUGCACCUACCCUCACAUUAGAGAAAGUCGAUCAUACACUUGCCAAGCUGUCAUGGCGGACCACUCAUCAUCCUUCGGCACCACCGCACGGCUUCACUAUAUAUUGGAUGCGUAUACGAGAUGAGUCUGGUGAAGGCUCUGAAGCCACCAGCUCUCGAGGUGAGGAUGAACGUAGAAUUGAAGCCGGAGGUGAAGCAUCAAGCGUUGUUUUGAGAUCUUUAUCAUGUGGUGGCAUGUAUUCUGUGAAAGCAGUGGCACAUUCUCGGGCAGGUUCUUCGUCACCUUCUCCACCACUGUUAGUUCGAACGAAACCACCAGUGCUAGUAUGGGAAGGUGGGGGGGAUGUCAAUCAGGAGGAAGGCGCAGAAGCUGCUGUAUGGAGCAAUAGUUCUGCUUUGGCAUUAGAUGCACGUAGGGCUGUCAGUUGCGGAGCCAGACUCGUGAGACUUCAAUGGCGCAGGGCUGAUACUAGUAGAGCAUGGAGAGAUGCUGAUUUAACAUCAUUACAUCAUCACAGAGAAGUAGUCAUCGGUGGCCUAACUGUUGGUAUGUGGUAUGCAUUGAAGCUAUGGACAGCUACAGAUUCUGGAAGACAGCAAACUGUGAUUUAUGCUGCAACUACAACUCAUUCAGGAGAACGACUUCGCCGGCCAGCCUCGUUUCUCUCACCCGGUCCUCCGGUCACACCGCACACAACGGCCGACAACUCAGAGCGCGUGCUCGGCGCGGUGUCACUCGCAUUUGCUGCGCUUGCUGCACUUGCAGUUUCCGCGUUACUGAUAGUUUUGAUGGCGAAAAGAAGCACGCUUCUAUCGUGCGGCGGCCAAGUUGAUGAGGAAGCUCGUCGCUGCAGCCACACCAGUGGAGAUAAGACCGCAUGUCCUGAACAGCAGAACAUGAGGAACUGCCAACACGACUACAAACAUGACAAACUCUCACCUGCCUCCGACGUAUACGAGAUCAGCCCGUACGCCACAUUUGCCGUGGGUGGUGACACAGCCGCUACUCUGGAUCACACUCUCCAGUUUCGCACCUUCGGCCACAGGGAAAACGAUGCUCCUCCUCACAGGCCUUGCAGGAAACAUCCACAAAGACAUCGAGAGAGAACUGAUGCAUCCGUUGAGAAGCAUCACUCUGAGUGUGAGUUACAGCACUUGCGCUACGAGAAGGUACGACCUAGACACUGUCCCGGCACUUCAUACUGCAUGCCCCUCACACACCACGGUGGAGGCGGUAGUACAGGCGGUGGGGGAAGUGUCGGAGGCUUCUCCGAGGUAUACGCUGGAGAUUCCAGCGUGGAGUCAGGCCCUGGAUCUCUCUCGCCACGGACCCAUCAUGAGCACAGCUAGCGCCGAAUUGCUACGCCGGUCACCUCGUCUACCAAUUAAAACAUUAAUUCAUAAAAACACGUAUUCAACUUUAGUACUGCCAUUUAAUCAAGAGGAAGAAAUUUGUCCAUAUAAGUCGGUUUUGUUUGAAAAAUGUUUAUUUUUAAUUAUCUCGAUUUUAUUAUUAAGUAAUUCUGAUUUCUUCGAAAAUUUCUAUGUAUGUCUGAAUGAAGGUGAAUGUAAGGUAGGUACAUUAAAUAAGGACAUACUAAAUAUGUAUUGAGAUAUAUAUUUUUGUUUUCUGUACCAUUUGUUACAAGGAACAUUAAAAAUAGUCACUAUUUUCAUUGAACUUUUACUCUUUCUCGAUGUUUUUUCACUUGCUACUCGCUGCCAAAAAUUUUUGUGGUAUCAGUCUAUAAAGAUGAAAUGAAGCCAGGGCCACUUAAACCAAUGAAAGGAAUUGUGUUAGACAUUUUAUCAAGUUAGUCGUAUUUUUGUUUCAUUUUUACUACUUUUAUGGGGUAACUAAUUAAGAAUGCGCGGAACCGAAACUAGCGGAAUCGCGUAAAAAAUAUUACACUGAAAAUAAUCUUAAAAUGAGAUUUAAAUAAAAUAUAGCAAAUUUUUAGUUCCGUAUUAUAACUUCCCAAUUGUAACUUUGUAUUUUCAUAUUAUUCAAAGUUCAAUAAAGUGAUUUAAAAUAUUACUAUCUUCUGUUGAAAUAACAUGAAGGUGACUGGAAUUAUACCUAAACGUAUAGACGAAUGUUAGCUUAAAAUAAAAUAGAUGUAUUGGAUUUAGUUAAAAUUAAUAACCAUCUAGUAUAGUGAAACAUAGUAAUUAAUCUGGAUAUUAAGACGUAGAUAUUAAAUUAAAUAUCAUGCUUACACAAAAUCAGAGCAAUGAAGCAAUGAACUAACUCUCUUUACCGACCACACAUACUCUAAAAUAAUACAUAAAGUGAUAAUUUUCUGUUAAUUAUAUAGAAUAUUAAAGACGUGCAGGAUACUGGAACAAAAUGAUUAAUAUAAUAAAAAAAUAUCACUUCGACUAUUCCAAAAUCUUUAAUAGAAAAUGUAACAUACGAAAUCAACAUCUCUAUACAGUUACAAAACUACGUAAAUAAUUAAAAUAAUAAUAAAAUUAAACAAUCAUGAAGUAACAUCGGUCGGUAAAUCGAAAAAGGCAUAAUCAAAGCAAAGGAAAACAUUUAAAUUGCAAAACAGCACUGAUUUAUCUCCCGAAUCCAGGGAUCUAGACGAAUUUAAAACGUAUUUGCCAUUACAACGAGAUAAAAUCGAUACAACAUCCGAGAUAUCCAGCUCAGAACGUUUUACUCCACAUAUAUCUUUUGCUUAACCAAAGCUUUUACGAAAACUUGUAUAGAUUUAAUGUCAUUACAUUAUAUACAGUUAUUUUUCAACAAUUGUUCUAAAUACGUGUCUUACGAUGUUAUCUGAAAUGACGUUUGUUAAAAAGCGAUCGUCAAAGUGUCAAACAACAGAAAAAGGUGUUAAUUGCGAGCGAUCUUUGAACUAUAUCUGUAUGUCUUUGAAAUUUUUUUUCCGUGAUCGUUUAAGAAGACGCUAAGUUCGGCUUUUGUGUUAGAUAAGUAGAAUUAAAUAAAUGUUACGCUUUAGUUGACUGCCAUUUUCUAAUACAUAGAUUAAGAUCCAAUUCACUAUAUACAAUAACUUAACCGUAUUUAAUUAAAAUUUUCAUGUAAUCAACACAUUUUUUAAAUUUAUCUCAUGUCUUUACUAUGUUUAAAAAGGCUGAGUUCACACUAACCGCUCUUCAGAUAUAUUAAAGUAAAAUGCAGCUAACAGGACAGUUGUUAACGCAAGUGCGAACCCAGCUUUAUUGUUUAGUUAUAUAUUUUAAAAACUUGUAAAUACUAGGUCAGACUGACAUUAUACUUUUAAAUUGAGCUUAUAUUUUGUAAAUAUCAUUAAUGUUCUAGUCAAUUUUUAUUGAAUGUUUUAAGACAAUAUAAUUGUAUUGUAAAUAUUAAAUGUA